AUGGGCAAGAUGGUGAAGCUGACAUGCGUGCAGCUGCUCAUGGUAGCCUUACACGCUACGCUCAUCACCAUGUCAUCUGCAGAAUUGCCCUACAAUUUCUACAGUUCAUCGUGCCCGAACGCCGAGGAAACAAUCAAGAAUACCGUCUACAACUUGAUCGAUGGCAACCCAAGUAUUGCUGCGGCCUUAAUUCGCAUGCAUUUCCACGAUUGCUUUGUCAUGGGUUGUGACGCUUCCAUCCUUCUGGACUCCUCGAACGCCAACCCCCAGCCGGAAAAGUCAGCCAUUCCCUUGGCUGGGUAUGAGGCCGUCGACAAGAUCAAGGCGGCCGUCGAGGCUGUGUGUCCUUUGACGGUCUCCUGCGCCGACAUCCUCGCCUUCGCCGCACGCGACUCUGUCAGUAAAUCUGCCGGUUUCUCCUACCACGUCCGCUCCGGUCGGCGUGACGGCAACGUGUCCAAAGCCUUCUCUGUCUUCACAAACAUGCCGUCGCCUUUCUUUGGAAUUGAGGAUCUCGUCAACAGCUUCACCAACAAGGGGCUCAACCUCGACGACCUGGUGGCUCUCUCCGGCGCGCACUCCAUCGGUGUGGCGCACUGCUCCGGCUUCACCAACCGGCUGUACCCCGAGGUGGACACGACGAUGGACGCUGCAUACGCGACAGACUUAAAGAAGACGUGCCCACAGCCCGUGCACGGUGCGCCGGACCCGGUGGUGAACAACAGCGUUGUGGCGCCGACGACGCUAAGCAACCAGUUCUUCAAGAACGUCGUUGCCAGGCGAGUGUUGUUCACGUCGGAUGCGGCGCUGCUCACCCGCAACGACACGAGGGCGAAGGUUGAGGAAAGCGCUGCUGACUCCUUGUUGUGGAAGGUGCGGUUCGCGGCGUCGAUGGUCAAGAUGGGAAACAUCGAGGUGCUCACGGGGACGAAUGGGCAGGUCAGGAAGUUCUGCCGUGCCGUAAACAGCUAA